AAAAUCAUCUGCAUUUUAAAAAAAGAGCAAGAAUGUUUCCUAUGUAUAUUAUAUGCAGUUUGCAAGAAAGUGUCUCUUCGGUUUCCAGCAGUUUGCAGUGCUUGCCUUCAAAUUAUGCCAAAUCGCCAAAUCCACGCCCAAAAUCAAACUGAUUAGAACACAAAGCAGACAAUUUAUCUGUUCCAUUUUCGGAGGUUACUCCGAGAACAUGUUCUCUCGUCUAGCUAAGCUUGAAAAUCUAAAAGAAAUUAAGUCGUUUUCCAUGGAAUGUAUUGUUGCUAGCUUCUUGUAGGGCACUGGGGAACAGUGGAAGUGGAGGGGGUAGGGCCAGUAACCGCUGGAAAUACGCAAUGUUGUUGUUGCUGGAGUAGCAUAGCAUCUGGCUGGAGAAAAUAUUCCACAUUCCAAUCCAUUGCCCCUCAUCAGUGUGAAAUAUUUCCGUCAUGGAGAUUCUCGCGAUGCCUAGAAAGUUUUUACUGGUGUUGCAAACAGUCGUGGCAAUGGCAAGUUCACCGUGAAUCAAGACUGAACAAACUCAACAGGUCGGAAAGUGCGUUACUCGAUGUGAUCAACGCUCUGAAGAUGAACAUUUUAGAAGAUUUGAGUACAUUACAGUAUAAAAAUUAUGGAAUUUGACACCUUUUUGAAAUGGUGGAAGUGCUUUCUUGUGAAAACCGUUGGAAUGCCUUGGGAUGUAAUUAGGCUGAGUGCAGAUCCUAUGGCCUGGAUCCAGUGCAUUGGAAAACAUCUUGCUAUGUAGCUUUUCUGAAAGUGUUUCAAAUACUGCUUGGUGGUUGCCCUUAUCAUGGUAUCUUGAAAAAGUUACACAGCAUCCCCUAGUCGAGAAUCAUGCAUCCAAUCAGAAGACGGAAAAAAAGACCCAACUAUGGAGUGAGGACAGUGGAGGUUAGACGGGGAAAGAAUGGUUUUGGAUUCACUAUAUCAGGUCAGCAACCAUGCAUUUUAAGCUGUAUUGUUGCUGGUAGUCCAGCAGAAACAGCUGGAUUAAGGGCUGGAGACUACCUUGUUGCUGUUGAUGGAAGAAGCGUCAGUAAGAUGCCUCAUGAUGAUGUUGUUAGAUUGAUUGGAUGCUCAUCAGGAGUACUAAAACUUCAAAUAGCAGAAAAUUAUUAUUCUGAUAGCUCAGAUGAUGAUGUUAUACCUGUGAGACCUAAACCAAAAUAUAUGCACAAACCUCGGAGUAGUGGACAUCAGCAGCAGCAUCAGCAACCCCGUCAAGGAACAGGACCAAAUCAACAGAAUCGUAUUGCAAAAGUUGUACAUGAUCUGAGAACAGGCGCAAUGUUUGAGGAGAGCCUUGUACAACCUUCUGUGUGUGUCAUCACGGACUGGAGUCCCCCGCUCAUUGCUCCAACACCUCCUCCUAGGGCCUACCAACAACUCCCUUCUGAAGCUGAAGAUAUGGAAGUACAGCAAUUUGUCAUUGGGUACUUAGGAACUAUAGAAAUCCCUAAACAGCUACAGCCAGGAUCUAAAUUACAGAUUGUGUGCGCGUGCGUGCGGAAGCUGCGGGCUGAGAAGCGUUCUCCUACCCCCGUGGUGCUCCGCGUCCUGGCGACAUCCGUCCGGUUGGUGGACGCGCGCGCCACCCCCGGGGCCCCCGGGGCCUCCCUGGCCGAGUAUCCCGCGGCCCGCGUCCUGUACUGCGGGGGCGGGGGUGGCAGCAGUCCGGACGGAGACCGGCGGCACUUUGGGCUGGUCACGUCCACGCCCCCCGUGGCCGAGGCGGACGAGGCCGGGGCCCUGGGAGGCGCCCCCGAGCAGCAGCAGCAACAGUCGUCGAGUGCGUGCCACGUGUUCGCCGUGGACCCCAAGCAGGCCCCACACGAGGAGCACGCCUCCAGGGCCGCCACGCUGAGCAUCGACUGCGGGGCAGCCGGGGCGGAGUGUUACGCCUUUCCACGGACAUCGGAGCCCGUCCUGCGCGCUGUGCAGAGGUUGUACGCCGACCGGGAGGAGGCCCGUGGCCUGGGCCCGGGGGCGGCGCAGCUGGCGCAGCCCGGGGAGCUGUCCGCUUCCCCGCACCCGAGCCACGCCGGCUCGGCCAACUCGAGCAACAGCGACUCCGGCAUAGGGUUCCGGGACGACAGCGGGCACCAGUCGGACCGCAACGACCCGCUGGGGAUCCUGAUGGUGGACCUGGAGCACCGCAGGCUCCACGUCCAGGGACAGGCCGGUCAGGCCGCCCUGCUCUUCCCCCUCCCCGCCAUCCCCCUCGGGGUGCACCACCCGCUCCCCGAGCCCGUGCCGGACCGGCGCCUCGCCGUGAGGGCCAUGCCCGACCCUCAUGUCCAGGACAACGUCUGCUGCCCCCUUGACGGCGUCAACAAGACGGACAGCGCCAAGCGCGCUGGUCGCAGCGUCCGCGAGCGGGCGGCCGCCGCGCGCUGCUUCGCCAGUCUCGACAGCGUGGCGGGCGUGGCCCACUCGGCCGACGACCUGAGCGAGCUGCUCUCCUACAAGCUGAGCCCCAAGGUUUUCGGCGUGGCGCGCCAGGGCUCUCGCCAGGGCCCGUCGUCCACGACCGCCACGCACAGCCUCGAGGACCUGACCCUCGCGGACCCGCUGGACCUGGACCCGCCGCAUGGCCAUCUGCACGGCCUGCACGGCCACGCGCCGCAGUGGGGCCACAUGGGCCAUGGGCUGGGCCACAUGGGCCACGGGCCGCUCACCGGCAGCCUGCAGGAGCUGCGCUCCUUCGUGCUCAGCAGCUACGAGGACCCCCACUCCAUGGCGGCGCCCCUCGCGCAACCUGAGAAUGAUGAUGGUCCACUUCCUGAAGGGGCUGGAGGUGAAGAGGAAGAAGAGGAGGAAGAAGGCACACGAGAAAAUGGAGGUGUCCCGGCAUGGUCAGCUUCCUUUGAACGACUACUUGAAGACCCAGCAGGACUGCAUACUUUUGCUGAAUUUCUUAAGAAGGAGUUUUCACAUGAAAACAUUUAUUUCUGGGUUGCUUGUGAGCGAUAUCGUCACAUAGAGGAUGCUGCUGAACGCAAGUCAGAAGCUCAGGCCAUAUUUGAUAAGCACCUCUGUCUUGGUGCACCUGAACCUGUAAAUGUAGACUCCCAUGCUAGACAAGUUACUCAAGAGCAGGUGGGAAAUGCUCUACCAGAUCUGUUUUUGCAGGCUCAGAAACAGAUUUUUAACUUGAUGAAAUUUGAUAGCUAUCCUCGUUUUAUAAAGUCGGAACUGUAUAAAGAGUGUCUCCUCCGGGAGAUAUCUGGUCAAGAAUUGCCUUUCAAUGGUAGCACCGAAUUAGAUCAAGGGCUGAAACUUGAUCGGCCAAACAAGUUGAAGAAAAGUAGAAGUGAUGUGGAAGAUAGGCGAAGGAAAUCAUUACUACCAUGGCACCGAAAAAAUAGAUCAAAAUCAAAAGACAGAGGAGAGUCUGAGUACUCAAAAUUACGAACAAGAAGAGAACAAUAUGACACUGUGUCUAUUAGGUCAGAUGUAACCAGUAGUCGUUCCUCAUUAGCAUCAUGGGACCUUGCAUUACGUGGUUCACUCAGUAGACAAUCUGUCACCUCUGGAGAUACAUCUGAACGGGAAAACUCUUCACUUUGCCGUGUGAUCCUGCCGGACGGGGCCACAACUGUUGUUCAGACUAGAUACAAUGAAACUGUAUCAGACUUAAUCCAAAGACUGUUGGAGAAGAGAGGCCUCCAUUAUCAGCAUUUCCAAGUUUUCCUUGGAAGCAAUCCCAAGGCUGUUGCUCCAGAUGAAGUAUCGUCUAUCCUUAGCAACAAAGAGGUGCGAGUUGAGCCCAGAGUGGUUUUUCGUUUGGAUCUCCCAAACCGUAAAACUGUUGGAGUUAAAUCUAGACCUGGUAAAACAUUAGGAGAGGUGUUGCGUCCUGUGUUACAUAAAUAUGGGUACCGUUUACACCUAGUCACUGUUUGUAUGAUUAAUGGAAGUGAGAUGGUGAGUCUUGGUACCCCUGUGUCGUCAGUGGAUAACCAGAGGUUGCAGGUUCUUACUCGCAGCUCUGAGGAAAUAUCUCAAGCUAACAGAGGUGUACACAUGACUCCGGGAUUGAACGGUGGUCCACUAAAUCACUCAAUCAGCAGCACAUCUUCUCUUAUGGCAGCACCUCCUCCUCCUGGUCCCGCCCCUUCCGUCCCAUCUGCUUCCCUUGAUGAAAUUACAAAUCGAGUUUUUGAGGAAUUACUUCAGGGAAAAGCAGCUCCCUCCACUCGCCCUGCUUCAGACCAAGGAUCUGUUCGAUCCGAUGAUUGGGGUUCAGAGCAUUCAUCUGGCAUAUUUGGCCGUUUCCUAAGGAGAGAUUCUGCCUACCAUGACAAGUCAAAAGAUUUCCGAGGAAAAAGCAGCAAAAAAUUUUCUGGCAGCCUGGGAAGUGCUAAGGGUUCCAAUACAACAAUAUGCAGUGUUGGAUCAACAGCUCCAUCAAAGCCUGCACCACCACCUCCAACCACCAAACCACCUCUCAUAGCAAAAUGGAAACCUGGUGCAAAACUUUUAGGUCAAUCAGAAAGUGAUGAACUUUAUGAGGGGUUGAAGAGAGCUCAAAGGAGUCGCCUUGAAGAUCAGAGAGGAACGGAAAUCAACUUUGAACUGCCAGAUUUUUUAAAGGAUAAAGAAAAUGCACCUCAGAGCAGUAAAAAGUUAAAGAAGUUCCUUCAGCCACGUAGGGAUCGGUCCAACAGUGUUUCAGGGCCAGAGCCCCAAAAUGUAACUGAAAACAGUGACAGCAAUCGGUCUUCAGGUGUGAACCAUAAUCAUGCGUGUCAUACAUUCAACCUGGACAGCCUGCUCGGGGUGGGACACUGCAACGCUGGGAGUGAGCCAGAUGUCCACUCCAUGGACGCCAUGUGCCGAGUGGUCAUGUCUGACCACGAAGGGCAGGGAUAUAGAUCUGGAUUCCUGAAUCAUAGCUUUGGCUCUGAUGCAGUGAUACCCUCCCCCCGGCAGGCUCAGAACUAUUUUUCAGGCUGCUCAGUGGGUGACCACUCUCCCUCAAGCCUCCCGGUCAUGUCUCAUCUCCCUGAGACACCUCGCCCACCCCCUCUACCCCCUAAACCUAAGUACUUGCGUGCGCCAGCCCCACCAAGAGUGCCUGCUGGUGAAAUCACAAACCGGCAGGAGACUGUCUCUUCCAUGCCACCGCCGUCGCAACCCCGUCGUCCUAUUUUCUUAGAUGAAACUGUUAGUAGUUUUGUGUAGGGUGUAGGCAUCCCUUCAAUCACCAUCUUUUCCAUUAUAGUUAACUGUCCUUUAUGUUGUGAACGCUGUGUAGUAUCUUCCGUUCACCAUUUAACAGUUUCUACCAAGUCACCAGGUAAAUGAUAGCUUUAAGUUUCCAUUUGUUUUGAGCCAACAAUGAUUUUUACUUUCACACCAUUAUCAUGGUGGAAAGUAGCUUCACAAACAUGCAAAAGUUAUUUUUCUCUAGGUACAAACAUAACUUAGACUGCUUAAUGAAAUUAGUUUUCUGCUUUUAAAUCUAGUGCAACUAAUAGAAGAAUGGUAUUAUACUUGUUAUCAAAUGUGUUUUUGUUUAUGAAUGUAUUUGUGUGUGUUAGUGUGUUUGAGAAUUGCGUUUGCCAUUCAAAUCGAUUCUAGGUUUUUUGACAUUUGUUUAAUAAUGCAAUCUGUGAUUUUUUUGGUGCAGCCAUACUACAAAUAAGUUUUGUAUUGUUGUGUGCACUAAUCAACAAAAGACAUGUAUGUAUGACCAGAAACAUAUCAAAUUAUUUUAUUUAUUGUGUCAUAAAUUAUAUGUAUCAUUAGUUUUUACAUAAUUUUUAACUACUAUGUUGUGCAUAGUGAAUUCUUACUUUCGCUCACUACAAUUUGUCUUUCACUUACCAAAACUUUUUACCAUACUUAGAUUCAAUUCUGGAUCAAAGUAAGUGUAAAUUGAAUAAUUUCAUUUAUAAUGCCUUCAAAUGGAAAUGAAAGUUGAUCCUAGAGCACUGCUAACUAAUAGGGUCAUUACUCUACAUCAAUUUUUAUCUGUAUCCAUAAUCUCUGAAAUUUAGUUCAGUUACAUACUUGCUUCAGUCAAAAGCCUGCGACUCAUGUGUCCUCUACUCUAAAAUUAGAGAGCAUGCUUCUAUGUCAGACCAAAUAUUGCCCUUGUUUUCAAAAUCUAUUUUUUAAAAUAUAUGAAAAUACAGUAGUUUGUACUUUUGUCUAUGUAAAUUUGAAACAAACUUUUAUUUAUUUCAGAAAUAUACCACGUAUAUUUCUCAGAUGUGGUUUA